AUGGCUUUCCCACUAAACCAACAACAGCUAAUACAUCACCUUAGAACUUCAUACCUUGUACUAGAUGAAGAAUCAGAUUACACUAGGAAGCUCUUAAAACCUAUUCCGUUGUCCAGUGAUCAACCACAAACCGUACCGAUCAUUCCCGAUUCUCCCCCUAUUACUUUUGAAAUUGCAAGACAUUUAAAGAAAUCAGUACAUAAUAAUACAAAGUUCACAGAUUCAUUCAAUUCAUUAUCUCACAUAAACGUAUCCAAGAAAUCUCGCAAAAAGAAAAAGAAAAGAUUGAGAAGGAAACCGAAACAUGAAGCAUUAAUAAAAGAAUCAGCAAGCCCAGAUAAUGCUAACACUUCAACUAUCACGUUAACCCACGAAGAAGACGAAGACAUAGUAGAGGAUGAGCAUAAACUAGAUGAUGAAGAAUUGAACAAUUGCGUGGCCACAAAAACAGAUUCUUUGGAUUAUCCACCGACGGAUGCUAAUACAAACUAUACAGCUGAUUCAAUACUUAAUGGCCAAUUGACUGAAGACUCAGAAACCAACAAAACUGGUGAUAAUAACAACGAAACCACAAACAUCGAUGAAUCACCAACAGACUCAAAUACAACAUCCAACAACAGUGCCAAUUUUGGGCUACGAUAUACCAAAACGAUCCGUGGAUCUAGUGGCAACAAGAAGCAAAGACCAAAAUCACGAACAAAAAUACCUAUUGUAAACAAGUUUUUCCAAUCAGGAAAACAGGAAGCCAACCAUGAUGCGAUAUCUGAUACAGAUAGUGAUAGUGAUAGUGAUAGUGAUGUUGAACAAAGACGAAUGAAAUUAUACCCUGCAGAAAGUUUUAGUUCUCUGAAUAAUAAUAACUUGGAAGAAGUGACCACAGAAGAUGGCGAUGCUACAGAACAAGAGAAACGUGAAGAACUUCCUUCUAGAAAAAGUGAGGAUAGGAGUGAUGCUGUCACAAUUGAUAGUGAUUUUGGAGUGCCGGUAAACUCCAGAGGGCACGUCGUCCAUAACUAUAAUCCUAAUGAUGAUGAUGAUGAUGAUGAAAUUCAAGAUGAAGUUGACGACGAAGAUGAAAUUGAAGAGGACGAAGACGAUGGUGAUGAUGAGUAUGAAUAUGAGGAAGCAUCGGAUGAAUCAGAAUUAGAUGGUGACUUAGGUUCUAAUGACUCUGAAUUUACGGAUUUGGAUAAUGAUUCUAUGAUGGAUUCAUCGUUAUUAAUGGAUUCUACUUAUACCGAUAAUCGAGAAGACAGUUUUUCCUUUGUUCGGACUAGUAACGUUUCUGAGUUUGAUACCAGGAAAAGUAGAAAGAAGAAGAAAACUGAUCCUUUUGAUCAGCAUACAGUUCCUAAAACAUCCAUAAGACCACGCUCAUCAUCUGUCAGUCAUAAUAAAUCGUACCUUGGAAUUUCGACUAUGGGAAAGAAACCUACAUUGCAGUUUACAAAGAUCGAACCUACUAAACUAGAGCAUUCAAAGAAUUCGAAUUUAAGUUCAUUGAUUCAUUCCAAGUAUAAAUCAAACCAUGUUAAUCCAUUAAAUUAUUAUUCCUUUGUCGAUGCUAGUAAUGCAUCGUCUCACAAAGCAUUGAUUGACAUAUUUGUACCGCCAUGCACAAAAGCAUCUAUCAAAAAUUUAGCCAUGGUUGAUAAUAUUGCCAUCUCAGAUUGUAUCGGAUACGUUUUACUUUACCUUUGUAAACUUCCAGAAUUUAGCAAAGUGAAUGAUUUUACCUACUUGAAUCCCAACAACUGGCGGCUAGAAUUGGUGGACGAGGAUGGUGAAAAUUAUGGAUCUUUUGGGAUAUUAGAUCGUACAAGAUUACUUUCAUCUUAUAAUAAUCCAAAAGAGUUAGCAAUUUGCAAAGUUUCCAGUAAAAGUGAGCUUGCGAAAAAUGAAUCACAAUCUCCAUUACCUUUAGCAUUCAAAAAUAAUCUUGAAUCCUUCCAACGUAAACGACACAGUAUUAAUCAACUUGUUGAAAGUGAGUUUGGUGAUUCAAAUGCUGAGAAAAUUGAAUUGCAAAUUGGAGUAUUUGAAUACGACAAUGACGGCUUACCUAAGAAGCAAUCUAUAAAAGUUCCAAGUGACUAUUCUAUGGGCCAGGUUUUGAAAGAAUUUUGUGCUCAGAAUGGUUUAGUACUUACAAAAUAUCGAUUUAAAAUGGUUGAUCAAAGCACCGGUCAAAGUGGUUUUGUUAGAGAUGUGGAGAAAUGUGGUAAUUUACCACUGAAGGUUUUGGAGUUAAUUCCACUGGAAACGAGACAUAACCUGAUUAUUGAAUCAAGUUAUAAUAUUGGAAUGAUUGAAGCAAAGAUUACACCUCUGGAUUACACAUUACCAAACAUUACCCCUAAUGCUGAUCAAUUAGAUGAAAAGAUGAGUAGUUUGAACUUGCUGGAAGCCCAAAAACAACCAGGUUUACCUAUCCCACUUAGAGAGCAAGACCGUAAGACUUCAGUCAAUUCAACUAAUUCAAUUAAACAAGCCAUCAGUUCCAACAAAUAUCUCGAUGAUAUUUUGAAGGGAAACAAUCCAGAAUUGCCAAUAAACUUGAACACCAUUUACUUCAAGUGGAAAGUAUUAAAGAACAACAGUAAGAUGAAGAUUAAAAAUUUCAGUGAAAAGAAUUUCAUUAUUGAUGGAGAUUAUAUUCAUUUAACACCUCCUGAUGACUUGACAUUGAGGGUUCCUGGAGGUGAAUCCUCCGUGACAAAUAAUUUGGGAGGACAUCACCAUCAUAACUAUUUGAAUCAUCAGUUCAACAAGAAUCACAAUAAACAACUGUCAAAGACAUAUUCGUUCCAUAUAACUCAAAUACUUAAAUUAAAGCAGUAUAUAAAAAACCCAAGUUAUUUCAGAAUAAUUAUUCAGAGUCAACAAUCAAUGGAUGAAGAUACUGUUAAUGGAGGAGUUACUACGAAUGGAAACACGACGAAUAUUAACAACACCAAUAGUAAAGAAAUUCCGAUGAAGAAGUUUUAUUUAAUAGCUGCUAAUGAAUCGGAAUGCCUGGAAAUCAUAAGCAAACUAAAAUGGGUAUUGCAAGUGUAUAAUUUUUCUAGUGGUGUAUAA